AUGGAGCCGAAGCAAGUAGAGGCACUAGACGAUGAAGACGAUUGGACGGGCGUUGCGAGCGCCGCCGAAAGACGAAGACGGCAGAACAGGGUUCACCAAAGAGCCUACCGGCAGAAGAGACACCUGAAGCGUAUUGCACUCAACGGUACUACAGCUUCGGCUUCAGCAGAGCCUCAAGCCGAGAUGUGCCUGAUCCCCGCUGCUGCGCCUAAUGCGCGUACACCCAUGACUUCGUCUCAAAUGCAAGAGAUGCUUGGGAUUUACUAUUUGCUCAGAUGCGCCGGCAUACGCAACAAUGUCGCCGAAUUCCUGCAGAGAGCCUCUUCGAACUGGACCCUACAGCUCCCUAUCCCGCGGGACCUUCCCGCUCUCACAAGACUCAACGCGUUCGACGCGCUAGCAAGAAAUGCGCUGGUGUUAGGCAUCCCGGUAGAAUUGAUCGAGAGCGACGAUGGCGACUCUCUCUUUAUACAUCAAGGCCCCGAGCGGCCCGGGUCCAGCGACGUCCUGCCGCCUCAUCUCUCACCAACGGCACUACAGAGGACUGUCAAGCAUCAUCCAUGGCUGGACCUAUUCCCAAUACCGAAGAUGAGGGAUAACAUUCUUCGUGGUAUUCAGUCAGGCGCGAUAGACGAAGAUGAGCUGUGCAACGCUUUAGUCUGCGACCUCUUGGACUUGGACUCCCCCUCCAAAUCAUCGCCUGUCAUAUGGGGAGACACCUGGGACUUGAAUGGUUGGGAGCUGGGUCCUGAAUUCUUCAGGAGAUGGGGCGGGCUAGUGCAGGGCUGCCCCGAAGUGUUGAUAGCUACCAACUACUGGCGACAAAAAAGAGGUGUAGGGAAAAUAAGAGAGAUCAACUCGGGCGGCUCGCUGGCAUUAGAUAUCACAUAG